AUGUACAACUCGGGUAGCAGCAAUCCAUCCGGAUCCAAUUCCCAGGGUCAUUCUCGUCCUGGUAGUGGUCGGCGAAGUAUCUCGGCCUCGCAGCCCCUCUCUGGACAACUACCUCCGACUCAAAAUGGUAAUGCCGUUGCGGGUACCGCAUCGACACCGGUCCCGCAGUCGCACGCUCAGCCUCCUGGCAUCCCAAUAGGUCCUAACAUGCCGACUUUUGACGCUUCAAGAAGCCCUCCUAGCAGCAAAAACCUGAACCACGUGCCUUGCAAAUUUUUCAGGCAAGGGACCUGUCAGGCUGGAAAAGCUUGUCCGUUUUCCCAUAGUAUGGAUCCAACGUCAGAUCAAGCGCCCUGCAAAUAUUUCUCAAAGGGCAACUGCAAGUUUGGAGUCAAAUGUGCACUCGCUCAUAUCCUUCCGGACGGCCGUCGUAUAAAUCGCCCAACGUACAGCAGUAGUAGCCAUCUCCAGUUCGGGCGCGUAGACACUGGUCUUACAAACCAGAGGUCCGCUCUGCAUAAUUCUUUACUCCAAGCCAAUAUGUUGCCUCCCAAUGCCCCGAACCAUUCAUUUAGCAGUCAAGACGACUUCCCCGGUCUUACUAGUCACCCUGGCGGUCCUGACCCAAAUCUCACUACGUCAAUUUUGGAUUCUAGAUAUGGAUCUCCGCGAGAUGAUGGCACUUUACCGAUGUCACCCCUUGCCUCGUCCCAGCGAACUCUUGGACCUCUGGAUGCAACACUUCCGGCUUCCUUUGAUAGGCAUGAGUAUUCGAAGUUCGCUAGAUUUGGUCCUUAUGCAUCUUCUGUUCCAAGUAAGUUUGGCAUGGAGUCUCCUCCGCCAUCAUUACCUGGUAAUACACGCCCGGCAGCGCUUCAGUCUCUCUACGCGUCUGCAUAUGGAGGAAAUGCAGAGGAGGAUAAUAAUCCAGGCGCGGAUUUGUCUCAUUCCCCCCGCGCUAAUACAGAGGAUUCACUGGGUCCUAGAGCAAUGCAUUCCUCGCGCUCCCUUAGCCGCAUGAAAAGUUUAUCAUCUAGCUACGCCAGAUCGGAAAAUAUGGAGAGGAUGUUGGGUGAAUUUACCCGUGAGCGGUCGCCGAUAGACCCAACCGUUGACGGGAAUUUUGCAUUUGAGGAGGAUUUUGUUCCGAGCAGCCUCCAGGAGCUUCUUACCCCGGCUGAGCGUAACAGGAGGCUUUCCAGGACGGAUGAGGAAGGUGUUUCAAACUUCCGUCAUAGCCUCACGGCCCCCGGCACACCCGGGGACUCUAUGAACGUGAUUGGGUCUCCACCUCGCCCUUCCUCUGGAUGGGGACCUAUUGUGACGAGAAAUAAGCGCGAUGAGGACCAUGCUCCGACAUCCGGUGUCGGGCAUGUUGGUUCCCCUCUCAGAAACUCCUAUCAGCAAGGGGGCGAACCGAGUCCGACUUUUCGCCCGCUCGGCAGGCCGGUUUCCGGGGAUGUAUCUCCAUUCCCUGGAUCUCCUAACCGCACAAGCUCCGGUAUCUCGGCGCUCACCCAAACACUUCAGCGUGCCCGCCUCUCUUCUGGGAGUGGCCCUUAUGGCCCCGGAGAAGCGCCAACCCUAUCGAAGGCUCUCGGCUCUAACGGUAAACAAAUGGAGCGCGUAAUUUCUAACCCCCAGUCUAACAACGGCAAAACUGUUGCUUCCAUUGACGAGGAGUCUGACACUCAAUUCCCAAUGGAAGAAGAGGAAUACUCAACCUCUCCUCGCUUAGCCAUUAGCUUCGGCAGCCUUGGCGCCAUUGGGCGCGGGUCAGGUUUGGGCCUCCGCGUUAGUGAGCAGCAAUGGGAGAGCUUUGGCACGGGUACGAAAAAAUUUCAUUGAACUAAUAUGACGUAGGUUCGGUGUUUAUGAACAUUUUCUAUUUUUGUGUUUCUUUCCUGUUUUAUGGAUGUCAUUCCUAUUUCCCAAAACAAAAAGUAACAUUGAUUUUUUACAUCGUUUAUUUUAUUCUCUCCUCUACUCCCUCCCUUUCUCGUUCCUUCCUUGUGAGACAGAAUUCGAAUACCCUGGCAUAUUUUUCAAAAUCCUGGUGAAAUGAUAUAUUCCGUGAAUGGGGAUUAUGGUGUCUAUUUCAGCCGAGUCGUUUUGCGCGGGAGAUUAAGGUCUUUCUCAUUUGCUAUUACAGAAAAAUCGGGGCAUUUAAAAAUUUUGUGUUUUUCUGGUUGGAGUUAUUGCUUGUUUGAAUUUUUAUGUUUUCUCUAUUUCAGCCUGGAACAUGUAAUUCAGUCUCUUUUGUGCUGAUACAACGAGCACUGCCUGCACGAUGGAUGGUUUAGUAGGGUGGAAGGUAGUGUACUGUACAUGCGAGAUAGAGAAAAGAUUGGGAAAUAUAAGGGUGCGGGAUGGGAAAGCGGAAACAAAGGGAAUGGAUGGCAGGGGGGGGGGUUACGCUGUUCACGUCUAACCACAUUUAUAUCCUCUUUGUUCACUAUAUUUCACUUUAUAUUUUCACCGGUUGGUUAAUGCAAGGGUUAGAAAAUAUUUCCUUUUCUCGGAGUUCCUUAUUAUGUUCUGUGUAGGGCGCCGGGCGAUGGAUAGCGGUAUAGUGCUGCACUUUAUUGUGCGGCAGUGUACUAAUACUGCUAUUGGCAUAUUACACAGCAAAAUAUUGAUGUUCAUAACGUACGAAGGGUAAAACAGAAAGCGGAAAAAGGAAAAGAGAAAGGAGCGUGCACCCAAAGGAGUAACACAAACAAUCUAGCAACAUUGAACUGUA